AGCCAUAGACUGUAUAUAAAUAAUCUAGUUUACCCAUCGAUUCCAUCUUAGCUCCAUUAGUUUGCUCUGCCUGCUAUCCAGACCGUGUGGUCGAACACAGUGUCAAUGCUGCCCGUUCAGUUUCUGUUGACGUGGAAACGGCUGUCAGUUUGGGUGGACAUCUGCAGAUAUUCAUGAGGAAAAGUUCGUAAAGCUCGUGUUAUUAAAAGCGUGAAGUCAUGCUGGACUUUGCCAUCUUCGCUGUCACUUUUGUCAUCAUUUUGGUCGGCGCUGUUCUCUAUUUGUACCCGUCAUCCAGAAGGGCCUCUGGCAUCCCAGGUCUAAAUCCUACAGAUGAGAAGGAUGGGAACCUGCAGGACAUCGUCAGCAGAGGCAGUCUGCAUGAGUUCCUCGUCAGUCUUCAUCAGGAGUUUGGGUCUGUGGCAUCGUUCUGGUUUGGCGGGCGACCGGUGGUCAGCCUGGGCUCCGUGCAGCAGCUACAGCAACACAUCAACCCCAACCACAGCACUGACUCCUUUGAGACGAUGCUGAAGUCGUUGCUAGGUUACCAGUCAGGAAUGGGCGGUGGGGCAGCAGAGACCGUGAUCAGGAAAAAGGUGUAUGAGAGCGCCAUCAACAGCACGCUGAAGAACAACUUCCCUAUUGUGCUCAAGCUGGUGGAGGAACUGGUGGGAAAGUGGAAGUCAUUCCCGGAGGCUCAGCACACCCCUCUGUGUGCCCACCUGCUGGGUCUGGCCAUGAAGACCGUCACCCAGCUGGCUCUGGGCGAGAGCUUCAGGGACGACGCGGAGGUUCUGUCCUUCUGCAAGAAUCACGACGCGAUCUGGUCGGUUAUUGGGAAAGGCUACUUGGACGGCUCCCUGGAGAAGAGCUCCAGCAGGAAGGGACACUAUGAGAAGGCUCUGUCAGACAUGGAGACCAAGCUGUUGUCAGUGGCGAAGGAAAGAAAAGCCCAGAGGAAGCAGACGGCGUUUGUGGACGCUCUGCAUCAGUCCAGCCUCACAGAACGACAGAUCAAGGAGGACUGUAUGGUUUUCACUUUAGCCGGAUGUGUCAUCACUGCCAACUUGUGUAUCUGGGCUCUUCACUUCCUGUCCACCUCAGAGGAAGUUCAGGAAAAACUGUACCAGGAACUGGAGGAAGUUUUAGGUUCGGACCCCAUUUCAUUGGACAAGAUUCCUCAGCUCAGAUACUGCCAGCAGGUCCUCAACGAGACGGUGAGGACUGCCAAGCUGACCCCCGUCGCGGCUCGGCUUCAGGAAGUGGAGGGCAAAGUCGAUCAACAUGUCAUCCCCAAAGAGUCUUUGGUCAUCUACGCUCUGGGAGUGGUCCUGCAAGAUUCUGACACCUGGAGCACCCCAUACAGGUUUGACCCAGAUCGAUUUGAGGAGGAAUCGGUCAGGAAGAGCUUCUGUCUGCUCGGAUUCUCAGGGAGUCAAACGUGCCCAGAACUCAGGUUUGCCUACACUGUAGCUACAGUCCUGCUCAGCACGCUGGUGCGCCAGCUGAAGCUUCACCAGUUGAAAGGUCAGGUCAUGGAGGUCCGGUCUGAGCUGGUAUCCACACCUAAAGAUGAAACCUGGAUCACCUUCAGCAGAAGAAGCCAGAACUAAUCUUUAAAAACCCUGAAUGGAGAAUUUUAACAUCUUGAUUAAGGGAAUUACCAACUAAGUAUUUCUUGAAUGUUGAGGAUCCAGUCUACCAGAGAAACAUUAUUUCUAAUGGUAUCUCCUGUCUUUGUACACAAAAUUAUGGAAGAUGGCACUUUUUGAAAUAAACUCAUAAUUUGUAUCAUUCCUUUCCUAA